AUGAAAGAUGGCCAAUCCAUGCUGUACCUCGAUUAUGUCAACAAGGAACUGUACUAUUAUUGGAAGAGUAAUACGAGCAUAGAUAUAUCUUUCUUGGAUUAUGAUGGUGUUUUGUUGAAAAAUAUUUCAUUUCCGGAAAGGAACGUUAGUGCAUUUACUGUAUUCGGAGAUUUUCUUUACAUUCAGAAAAUGGACACAAGAGUGAUUCAGGAGAUGAAUGUUUCCACUGGUGUUGUAUAUCGAAACAUUUCUUUACCAAAACCGUUUCCCCGUUUGAUUGACCUCGCCAUCGUGGAGCAAUCGCAGUAUCCAACAG